AUGAUGAAUAUUAAACAAGAAGAACGUUUAGAUACUUGUGAAACCGAUCUUAUUUAUGCACAAAAGUAUAAAGACGAAGAUGAUGAUAUUUUUGAUGAGCUUGAAACCAAUACGUCGGGACGAAAUGUUGAAAUUAAAGAAGAAAUUGAACAACGUUCGGAUUUGCUACCAAAAAUUAAUAGUGAUUCGACGUCCGAAAAAGAAGUGCGAUUUUGUGCUAUAACUUUUAAAAAAGAACCAGAGAACACUAGUGAAGUUAAAGCUACGACGGAUAUCAGAGAUAUCAAGAAAGAGCUUGAUGAAUAUAUUCAAUCUAAAGUUGAACUUUUGACUAUGCAUUGUGAUUUACCGACUUUGAAAAAUGAAAAUACUGAAUAUCAAGAAAGUUUGAGAGAGUUGUGUGACAACGAAGAAAAUGAAAGGAUAGCAAGUACAUUAAAAAAUGAUGGAAAUGUUAUAAAUAUAAAAAAUAGAAGGAAGCAGUAUCGGUGUCAAAAAAAUUUCCGUUCUUCUAAAUCAAGAUCGAAACAUAUCGACGGACAUUUUGGGAAAAACUUCGUGAUUUGUAAAUUUUGUGGAAGAUUCAUGACAAAAAUGAAUUUUUCUCAGCACCAAUUUAUUCACGUAGUAAAAAAUAGAUCAAGAAAAGUUUCUUCGAAAAUCAAUGACGUUUCCAACAUACAGGCACAUUUAAAAAUUCACAGUAAUGAAAAAUCAUUUAAAUGUGACGUUUGUAGUAAAGGAUUUAAUCGAAAAUCUAGUUUACAACGACAUUUAAUAAUUCACAGUAAUGAGAGACCAUUUAAAUGUGACAUUUGCUUCAAUGGAUUUUAUCAAAAAUCUUAUUUACGAAAACAUUUAAUAAUUCACAGUAAUAAAAAAUCAUUUAAAUGCGACAUUUGUUCCAAAGGAUUUAAUCAAAAAUAUAAUUUACAACUACAUUUAUUAAGUCAUAAUAAAGAAAAACUAUUGAAAUGUGACAUUUGUUCUAAAGGAUUUAAUCGAAAAUCUAGUUUAAAACGACAUAUAUUUCACAGUAAUGAGAGACCAUUUAAAUGUGGCAUUUGUUUAAAAGGAUUUAAGCAAAAAUUUUCUUUACGAAACCAUUUAAUAAUUCACAGUAAUGAAAAAUCAUUUAAAUGUGA